UCAGUCGGUUAGGGUGAAUUAUGUGACACCGUAAAACAUUACUAGGUGUGGCUGUUCACCACAUACGUCCCCCCAGAAUUCACAAAAACCGGCAGAGCCAACUUGUCGGGCGGUUUGAUCACCCGACCACAACGGCUCCGGUUCGCUCGGGCCAGGGGUGGAGAUGGCGUGUGGGCCUCUCCUGUGCCUCCGGCACUCUCGCGUAGCCCCGCAGCUAUUGUUUCCUGAUUCUUGCAUCGAGGUGUGUCUGGCUGAGAAGUGAAACUAAAGAAAAAUCUGCAGUUGCUUCUCAAGGAGACAGCCUGUGACUCAUUUUGUGAAAUGGCGGCUAAAGCUUCAUUUUUGGAAGAGGAGUUAUGUUGUCCUGUGUGCUGUGAGAUUUUCAAGGACCCUGUCGUCUUGGAGUGCAGUCACAGUUUCUGUAGAGUCUGUUUGCAGCAGUGCUCGGGACAGAACAGUCCUCGGGAGUGUCCCAUCUGCAGGAGCAAGGCCUCUACAGGCCACCCUCCCGUAAGCCUGGCUUUAAAAAACAUUGUGGAGUCCUACUUAAAGCAGAAGACCGAGUGUGAGGCUGCAGAGGCAAGUGAAGACCAGUGCCCUCUUCACAAAAAGGAACAUCUGUUCUUCUGUGAGGAUGAUUUGCAGCCUCUCUGUAUUGUGUGUCAGACUUCAAAAAAACACAGAAAUCACCAGAUCUGUCCUAUGGAAGAGGCUGUUCCAGAUCUGAAGGAUGGACUCACGACGGCAUUAAUUCCUAUUAAAGAGAAGUUAGAGAUGUACACUGAAGUUACACAAAAGUGUGAAAAAAUCAUAAAACACAUCAGGAGUCAAGCCCAGCACACAGAGAACCAGAUAAAGGCAGAAUUUGAGAAGCUUCACCAAUUUCUACGAGCGGAAGAGGAGACCAGACUGGCUUCACUGAGGGAGGAAGAGGAGCAGAAGUGUCAGUUGAUGAAGGAAAAGAUAGAGAACUUCACACAAGUUAUUUUCACCAUUUCAAACACAAUCAAGACUAUAGACAAAAGUAUAGAGGGUGAAGAUGCUUUCUUCUUAAAGACCUAUAAGGAUGUUAAGAGAAGAGCCCAGUGCACACUGCAGGAUCCAGAGUUGCUCUCAGUGGCACUGAUAGAUGUGGCCAAACACCUGGGCAACCUGAAGUUCAGAGUCUGGGAGAAGAUGCUGGAGACGGUGCAGUACACCCCUGUGAUUCUGGAUCCCAACACUAUGUCCUCCAGGAUCUGCCUGUCAGAUGAUCUGACUUGUGUGAGGCUCACUGAAGUUGAACAACAGAUUCCUGAAAACCCUGAGAGGUUUUCCAGUGCCGUAAUGGUAUUGGGCUUCGAGGGUUUUACUUCAGGGAAACACAGCUGGGAGGUGGAGGUGGGGAAGAAAUCUGCCUGGACUAUAGGAGUGGUGCAAGAAUCCAUCAACAGAAAGGAGGCCAAUUUAUGCAGCCCAGAGAGUGGAUUCUGGGUCCUAGCGCUGAGGAACGGUGAUGAUUACUUUGCAUCUGGAGUUGCUGCCCUCAAACUGAAGAGGAAGCCCCAGAGGAUCAGAGUGCAGCUGGACUAUGACAGGGGGGAGGUGUCCUUCUUUGACCCCACUUCAUUUUUGGAAAAGGAGUUAUGUUGUUCUGUGUGCUGCGAGAUUUUCAAGGACCCUGUCGUCUUGGAGUGCAGUCACAGUUUCUGUAGAGUCUGUUUGCAGCAGUGGUGGGGGGAGAACAGUCCUCUGGAGUGUCCCAUCUGCAAGAGCAAGGCCUCUACAGGCCACCCUCCCAUUAACCUGGCUUUAAAAAAAAUUGUGGAGUCCUACUUAAAGCAGAAGACCGAGUGUGAGGCUGCAGAGGCAAGUGAAGACCAGUGCCCUCUUCACAGAAAGGAACUUCUGUUCUUCUGUGAGGAUGAUUUGCAGCCUCUCUGUAUUGUGUGUCAGACUUCUAAACAACACAGAAAUCACCAGAUCUGUCCUAUGGAAGAGGCUGUUCCGGAUAUGAAGGAUGGACUCAUGACAGCAUUAAUUCCUAUUAAAGAAAAGUUAGAGAUGUAUACUGAAGUUACACAAGAGUGUGAAAAAACCAUAAAACACAUCAGGAAUCAAGCCCAGCACACAGCGAACCAGAUAAAGGCAGAUUUUGAGAAGCUUCACCAAUUUCUACGAGAGGAAGAGGAGACCAGUCUGGCUGCACUGAGGGAGGAAGAGGAGCAGAAGUGUCAGUUGAUGAAGGAAAAGAUAGAGAACUUCACACAAGUUAUUUCUACCCUUUCAGACACAAUUAAGGCUAUUCACACAUCCAUAGAGGGUGAAGAUGCUUUCUUCUUAAAGACCUAUACGGAUGCUAAGAGAAGAGCCCAGUGCACACUGCAGGAUCCAGAGCUGCUCUCAGGGGCACUGAUAGAUGUGGCCAAACACCUGGGCAACCUGAAGUUCAGAGUCUGGGAGAAGAUGCUGGAGGUGGUGCAGUACACCCCUGUGAUUCUGGAUCCCAACACUAUGUGCCCCCGGGUCUGUCUGUCAGAUGAUCUGACUUGUGUGAGGCUCUCUGAAGUUAAACAGCAGAUUCCUGAAAACCCAGAGAGGUUUUCCUGUGGCGUAAUGGUAUUGGGCUCAGAGGGUUUUACUUCAGGGAAACACAGCUGGGAGGUGGAGGUGGGGGAAAAACCUACCUGGACUAUAGGAGUGGUGAGAGAGUCCAUCAACAGAAAGGAGGUCAUUUCAUGCAACCCAGGGAGUGGAUUCUGGGUCCUAGGGGUGAGGGAUGGUGAUGAUUACAUUGCAUCUGGAGGUGCUGUCCUCAAACUGGAGAGAAAACCCCAGAGCAUCAGAGUGGAGCUGGACUAUGACAGUGGGGAGGUGUCCUUCUUUGACCCCAGUGACAUGUCACACAUUUACACUUUUAAAGGCACAUUCACCGAAAAAAUCUUCCCAUAUGUCAAUCCCUACCAAAAUGAUGAUGGCAGAAAUGGUGGGGUCUUGCAGAUCUGUCCAUUGUCUGUAAGAGUAAUGACAUCCCAAAUUCACAAAAACCGGCAGAGCCAACUUGUCGGGCGGUUUGAUCACCCGACCACAACGGCUCCGGUUCGCUCGGGCCGGGGGUGGAGACGGCUGAAAGUAAAGAAAAGUCUGCAGUUGCUUCUCAAGGAGACAGCCCGUGACUCAUUUGGUGAAAUGGCGACUAAAGCUUCAUUUUUGGAAGAGGAUUUAUGUUGUUCUGUGUGCUGUGAGAUUUUCAAGGAUCCUGUCGUCUUGGAGUGCAGUCACAAUUUCUGUAGAGUCUGUUUGCAGCAGUGCUGGGGGGAGAACAGUCCUCGGGAGUGUCCCAUCUGCAGGAGCAAGGCCUCUACAGGCCACCCUCCCAUUAACCUGGCUUUAAAAAACAUUGUGGAGUCCUACUUAAAGCAGAAGACCGAGUGUGAGGCUGCAGAGACAAGUGAAGACCAGUGCCCUCUUCACAAAAAGGAACUUCUGUUCUUCUGUGAGGAUGAUUUGCAGCCUCUCUGUAUUGUGUGUCAGACUUCAAAAAAACACAGAAAUCACCAGAUCUGUCCUAUGGAAGAGGCUGUUCCAGAUCUGAAGGAUGGACUCAUGACAGCAUUAAUUCCUAUUAAAGAAAAGUUAGAGAUGUACACUGAAGUUACACAAGAGUGUGAAAAAACCAUAAAACAUAUCAGGAAUCAAGCCCAGCACACAGAGAAUCAGAUAAAGGCAGAUUUUGAGAAGCUUCACCAAUUUCUACAAGAGGAAGAAGCGACCAGACUAGCUGCACUGAGGGAGGAAGAGGAGCAGAAGUGUCAGCUGAUGAAGGAUAAGAUAGAGAACUUCACACAAGUUAUUACCACCCUUUCAGACAAAAUCAAGGCUAUUGACAAAAUCAUAGAGGGUGAAGAUCCUUUCUUCUUAAAGACCUAUACGGAUGCUAAGAGAAGAGCCCAGUGCACACUGCAGGAUCCAGAGCUGCUCUCAGGGGCUCUGAUAGAUGUGGCCAAACACCUGGGCAACCUGAAGUUCAGAGUCUGGGAGAAGAUGCUGGAGAUGGUGCAGUACACCCCUGUGAUUCUGGAUCCCAACACUAUGUCCCCCUGGGUCUGUCUGUCAGAUGAUCUGACCUAUGUGAGGCACACUGAAGUUAAACAACAGGUUCCUGACAACCCAGAGAGGUGGUCUUGUGGCAUAAUGGUAUUGGGCUCGGAGGGUUUUACUUCAGGGAAACACAGCUGGGAGGUGGCAGUGGGGAACAAAUCUGCCUGGACUAUAGGAGUAGUGCAAGAGUCAAUCAACAGAAAGGAGGCCAUUUCAUGCAACCCAGGGAGUGGAUUCUGGGUCCUAGUGCUGAGGAACGGUGAUGAUUACUUUGCAGCUGGAGUUGCUGACUUCAAACUGAAGAGGAAGCCCCAGAGGAUCAGAGUACAGCUGAACUAUGACAGGGGGGAGGUGUCCUUCUUUGACUCCAGUGACAUGUCACACAUUUACACUUUUAAAGGCAAAUUCACCAAAAAGAUAUUCCCAUAUAUCAAUCCCCGCCACAAUGAUGAGGGCAGAAAUGCUGGGGCCCUGCAGAUCUGUCCAUUGUCUGUAAGAGUGAUGAAAUCCCAUCGAGUCUGUCAUUAAUAAUGAUGCCAUCUCAGUGAGCGUAUCAUUAAUAGUGAUGUCAUCCCAGUGAGUGUAUCAUUAUUAGUGACGUCAUCCCAGUGAGUGCCUCAUCUCAAUGAUGGUGUCUGUAACUGAUGUGGCCUAAACUAUUAAAACUGUUGAAGUGGAUUGGA